AUGGCCGCGCUCCGCCGCCGCUCGGCGCCGCCGCCGCUGCUGAGACUGCUGCCCCUGCUGCUGCCCCUGCUGGUGACUGUGCUGGUCGUGGGUGCUGCUGUCGCCAGUGCUGCUGUCCCAGGGUCCAUGCGGGUCCGCCCGGACCGCUAUUGCCUGGCCUGUCUGUGCACGGCCACCUCCAACUGUUCGCCGUCCAUCGGGUGUCACCGGCGCGGCGCUGACACCGUCUGCGGCCCUCUCCUCCUCUCUGCAGCCGUGUGGAGGCGCGCGCGGCUCACCGACUCCUCCUUCGCCGCCACAUUCGCCUACCUGGGCUUCCGCGAGUGUGCCGCAGACGCCGAGUGUGCCGGCGCUGUGCUCGGCGCCUACCUGGAGGCAGAGGCGGCCGACUGUGACGGAGACGGAAUGGUGGGGUGCACGGACUUUGGAGUGCUGACGGUGGCCGGGCCGGACGGGUGUCGACGCGGCGCGGCGGCCCUGAGUCGACCCCAGCAGGCCCAGAUGGAGGCGCUCCAUCGGUGUCAGAGAGAGGUGGCCUACAUGCUCCGAGUGCCAAAAGCCAACUGUUGA